AUGGCAAGGAAACAAAGCAUGGGUCGCCAGAAAAUUGAGAUCAAGAGGAUCAAUUGUGAAGCUUCUCGACAGGUCACUUUCUCUAAACGCAGAGCAGGACUAUUCAAGAAAGCAAGUGAGCUCUGUACUCUCUGUGGUGCUGAGACAGCCAUCCUUGUUUUCUCUCCUGCAGGGAAGGUUUUCUCAUUUGGCCACCCAACUGUGGAGUCCAUCGUUGAAAGGUUCCUAACUGAAAAAAAUCCGCAACAGGAAGCCACUGCAUUGCCUCUCGUGGACGCACACCGUGGAGCCAGUGUUCGUGAGCUCAACCGAAAGUAUACAGAGGUGCUCAACCUGAUGGAAACAGAGAGGAAGCGAGCCGAGGCACUCAACCAAUUGAACCCAGAAGUGACGCAGAGCGUGCCAUGGUGGGAAGCACCCAUUGAAAAUAUGGGAUUGCUUGAACUUAAUCAUUUGAAGAUUUUUAUGGAGGAACUUAAGAUGAAUAUGACGAAACGUGUUGAUGGGCUUGUGGGUAAAGCUGCUGUUACCUCCCCUUUCUUAUCUAUCAAUUCAAUGGGAAUGGUGGAUCGUUUUGGAGCAGCAAGAGAAGCUAACCCAAAUCCAAGUAGUACUUCUUCAAUCUUCCCUUAUGGAGAUGGUUAUGGUUUUGGUCUUGGCCGUGGUCUUUUCUGA